GAAGAAGUUGAGUCUCCUCAGUCACCCGCCGGCGCCGCCUCCUCUCCGCUCCGCUGCGGAGGACAGAGGACAGACUCACAGCGGAAACUUCUGCACGGGGACACGGGGAAGAGGGGAGUCUAAACCUGCUGCUGAGCCCCUUGGGAGAUCCGUCCAGUUUUUUCUUCUACUCCUAUGAGGACUCAUCCAGGAUCCAUCACCACUCGCUGAUCAACACACUGUAGAGGCUGCUAUGUCUGUCUGAACCCGCACAUCUUCCUGCAGCCAUGGCCCAACAGAGCGCUGAGCUGUCCCACUGCUAGGCGACGGGGCAUCCGAGAGGGCAGAAGACAUGUUGGGACAGAGGCCCGGGGACGACUGCACUGAAUUCUGUUACUAUAGCAACUACUGUAGUAACCAUGGAAACGCUAUGGAGGACUGGUCUGGUCUGCACUGUCAUCGUCAUUAUGGUUGCCACAGAGGUCGAAGGAGGUCACCGAGAUGAGUUCGCCCAGUCACAAGCUGCCUUCCUGUCCAGUCUAGGCCAGUAUGAGAUUGCCAUCCCAGUACGUGUAGGACCUAAUGGAGAGACGCUGGACGCAGAAACGCUGCAACACCACAGAAGAAGAAGACGCAGCACUGAGGACAGACUGCCUGACUCUCUCUUCUACCAGCUGUCCACGUCACGCAACAACUUCCUGCUGAACCUAACGCUGCAGGGAGGCCUGUUGUCCAGGCAGUUUAGGGUGGAGUACUGGAAGAAAGGUCGAUUAGCAUGGAGUCAUCCUUACUCUCCUCACUGCCACUAUGUAGGACACCUCCAGGACCAGCCGCACUCCAGCAAAGUGGCCCUGAGCAACUGUAACGGCCUGCAGGGGGUGAUUGUUGCAGGGGGAGAGGAGUACCUGAUUGAACCCCUUGUCUCACCAGAUAACCAAACCAGGACGGAGAGGGGGGAGAGAGCAGAGGGGCGCCCCCAUGUGGUUUACAAGCGGUCAUCGCUUCGCCAUCAGUACAAGGGCCAAUCCUGUGGAGUCAUUGAUGAGAAGCCAAUGAAAGGCGCCUCAUGGUGGCAGCGAACUCUGAAGACGCCUCCCCAUCAUGUCGGACGCGGCCAGCUGCCUCUGAAGCGCUCAGUUAGCCGUGAGCGCUACGUGGAGACGCUGGUGGUCGCUGACAAGAUGAUGGUGGGUUACCAUGGUCGCAGAGACAUCGAGCAGUACAUCCUGGCUGUCAUGAAUAUUGUUGCCAAACUGUUCCAGGAUUCUAGCCUGGGGAAUGCAGUCAACAUUGUGGUGACACGGCUCAUCCUGCUCAUGGAAGACCAGCCAACACUGGAGAUCAACCACCACGCAGGGAAGUCUUUAGACAGCUUCUGUAAGUGGCAGAAAACCAUCCAGCACCGCAGCAGCUACGGUAACGCCAUACCAGACAACGGGAUCGCUCACCAUGACACUGCUGUGCUAAUCACCAGAUAUGACAUCUGCAUCCAAAAGAACAAGCCCUGUGAAACCCUAGGUCUGGCUCCUGUUGGAGGGAUGUGCGAGCCAGAGAGGAGCUGCAGCAUCAAUGAGGACAUCGGCCUGGGAACAGCCUUCACUAUCGCCCACGAGAUAGGACAUACGUUUGGGAUGAACCAUGACGGUAUGGGGAACGCCUGCGGGCCCCGCAGCCAGGAGACCGCCAAGCUGAUGGCUGACCACAUCACAAUGAAGACAAACCCAUUCAUCUGGUCUGCCUGUAGCCGGGAUUACAUCACAAGCUUCCUGGACUCAGGUAUGGGCUCUUGUCUGAACAACGUCCCCCCCAAGCAGGAGUUUGUGUACCCCACCACAGCGCCGGGUCAAGCCUACGACGCAGACGAACAAUGCCGAUUUCAGUACGGUGUCAGAUCUCGACAAUGUAAAUAUGCGGAAGUCUGCAGUGAACUUUGGUGCAUGAGCAAGAGCAACCGUUGCAUCACCAGCAGCAUUCCCGCUGCGGAGGGAACCAUCUGUCAGACCAACACCAUAGAGAAAGGGUGGUGCUACAAGAGGGUGUGUGUGGCGUACGGGACUCGUCCGGAGGGUGUGGACGGGGGCUGGGGUCUGUGGUCACCCUGGGAGGAGUGCAGCAGGACCUGUGGAGGGGGAGUCUCCUCAUCUAUCAGACACUGUGACAGCCCCAGGCCAACUAUUGGUGGAAAGUAUUGUCUGGGGGAGAGAAAGCGCUUCAGGUCCUGCAAUAUUGAUGAGUGCCCUGCAGGCUCUCGAGAUUUCCGUGAGAUUCAGUGCUCUGAUUUCGACAGCGUUCCUUUCCGGGGAAAGUUUUACACCUGGAAGCCAUACAGAGGAGGUGGGGUGAAAUCCUGUUCUCUCAACUGCCUGGCAGAAGGAUACAACUUCUACACAGAGCGUGCUCCAGCUGUGGUUGACGGCACACUUUGCCGAGAUGACUCUCUGGAUGUGUGUGUAAACGGAGAGUGUAAGCACGUUGGCUGUGAUCGAGUCCUCGGUUCGGACGUUCGCGAGGACCGCUGCCGAGUCUGCGGGGGUGACGGGAGCCGCUGUGUGUCUGUGGAGGGACUCUUCAAUGACUCACUGCCUGAAGGAGGUUAUGAAGAAGUGGUCAGAAUUCCCAAAGGAUCCGUAUUUAUCCACAUACAAGAACUCAACAUCUCCCUCAACUACCUUGUCCUGAAGAGUAAAGGGGACCAGUACUUUAUCAAUGGGAAGCUGACCAUUGACACUCCACGCAGGUUCGACGUUGCCGGCACCACCUUCCACUACAGGCGACCCACUGACGGACCAGAAACUCUUGAAGCUCUGGGGCCAACAAACAUAACCCUGAUUGUCAUGGUGCUGGUGAGGGAGGAGAACCCAGGGAUCCACUAUCGCUUCAACCCUCCACUGAACAGGGAACCUCUGACUGGGUUUGCCUGGCACUACAUCUCCUGGUCACGCUGCUCAGCUCUCUGCGCUGGAGGUGUGCAGACCCAGCAGGUGGUGUGCAGGAAGCAGGCAGAUCAUUCAGUCGUCUACAACCACUUCUGUGACAAGAAGAGCAAACCCAAAGAGAAGAGGAGAUCCUGCAAUACUGAGCCCUGCUCCCCAUCCUGGUGGACAGGAGAGUGGUCGGAGUGCAGCCGCAGCUGUAACGGCGGCCUGCGAACACGGGACGUGUUAUGUAAAAGGAGGCUCUCCGUGACAGAGGAGAAGGUCCUGGACGACUCAGCCUGUACAUCCUCACGUCCUUCUCUCACUGAGCCCUGCAGCAACCACAGCUGCCCCCCUGAGUGGCUGGCCCUGGACUGGUCAGAGUGUACGCCCAGCUGUGGUCCUGGUUAUAGGCACCGUGUGGUCUUGUGUAAGAGUGGCGAGAGCGGUGACAACCUGCCAGAGUCCAAGUGCCCCAAACAUGGCCGACCCACCUCCAGGGUGCGCUGUAACCUGCAGCGUUGCCCUCCCCCUCAGUGGGUGACGGGUCCCUGGGGAGAGUGUUCUGCCAGGUGUGGUCUGGGUCAGGAGAUGCGCUCGGUGCAGUGUCUGACCCACACCGGCCAGCCGUCCAAUGAGUGUCUGGAACAUCAGCGGCCAGCAGCCAUGCAGCAAUGCAAGAGCAAAUGUGACCUCAGUCUGCCCAUCAGUACAGACAACCCCGAAGGCCAAAUGACGGGAGGAUUAUUGUCAUUCCAUACAAGUCGUAUAAGUCUGAACAAUAAAGAGUGUAAAGAUGUGAACACUGUGGCCUACUGCCCCCUGGUGCUCAGGUUCAAGUUCUGCAGCCGGCCAUAUUUCAGACAAAUGUGCUGCAAGACCUGCCAGGGACACUGACGCUCACAGCAUCCCAUCUCUGGGUCCUGUACACACUCACAGUAAGCCUGAUACCCUCCCACUGAGCCUCGUAACAGCAGCCCUCACACUCCCUCUAUCAGAGGAGUGUGAGAUCGAACUGGGACGGUGUCGGACUGACACCUGGUCCCGUAACUGUUAAAGAGGGACCUGUAUUUUCCAGCAAGAGUCCAGCACAAACCAGACGCCUCUCCGGGCCGAGCUGAGUUUUACAUUCCACUGGAGGGAGGGCUGCUGAAACCUGGAGAGACCGAGAGAGAGGAGAGAUUAACUUCGCUCCAUCGUCUGUCUUUCUAAUGAUCCCUCUGUUGUAAUAUUUUGGUGCUACUAUAUUUCUCUUUGGCCGCAGGGCUGGUCGCAGUACUCUCUUAAACCUGUAUGUUAACAGGUGAUAUUUGUUUAGUUAAAGAAAUCCACUUUGUAAAGAAAAUGAUUUUCCAGAUAUCUUCGCCCAUGAAAAGGAAUAUCUUAUGCUAUAAAAUGAAAGAUUUGUUUCUAUGUUAUCUAAUAGUUGUUACUUGACCACAUUGUUGUAUGCCGUUGCUUCGUUCCGUAUCAGUGUAUCCAUCAAGUCCUCGCUCUUAUUCAGCUGAAGUAUGAGCAGAGUUUGAUUUGCACAGAGUGUCAGCAGUCCGAGGACUUGUGUAUGUUAUGUUUUCAUGUGAUUUGACUUGAUGUCUCUGUGGAAGCUAUAAAUGUCUCACUGCAGUGAACCUGCCGUAGUCUUGCCAUUUACGUUAGUUUGCUUAAAUGUUAUCACCUCUACAGUAAAACAGAGCUUCGUGCUGCACAGAGGCUUUAGCGAUGUGAGCAAAUCCAGUGCUGAAUCGCCAGGACAUUUUCAGAUUAUAGGAUGUUAUUUUGUGGCUGCAGACUGCGGCAGCUCGUGCAUAAAGUCUUCAAAAAGGAACUUUUAACAGCUGGGCUCAGUGUCAUUAUCUGACAAUCCCUCAGCGCAGGGCCUUGCUGUUAAUUUUUUUUUUUUUUUUUGGUUUAUUUUUGCCAGAUGUUACCACUCAUUCCACAGUGCUAGUAACUUUUACUGUGAGUGGAAAUUCAGAGCAGAGUGACACACAGUUGAGUCAGCUCUGCCAGCAGGAACAGGCCCAGUGAGGAGGAGUGAAGACCUCUGACCACACUGCUUUCAAACUGCAUUUUAUAGUAGGAGUGCUAAUCUGAGGAUGGAUUUACACACCCAUAAAAUAUCUGAUUUCUUUGAGGCUGCUGUGAAAAGAUUUCUGCAACAUUUUUUUUUCUGAAUUAAGCUAAUUUAAACUCAUCUCUCUUUUUGUGGCCACAUGGGGGCAGCAGAACAAGUUGUAAACACAACAUAUCACCGUUUGAGUUGAUAUGGCAAACUUGUUAGCAAACAGUUGCUUAGUUACACAUCCAGCAGUGACAGUGUGUCAGUCCACCUUGAAAUUAAGUCUACUAGUCUUUUAGCUUGGUUUUGGUCUUCACCAACUCCUGUGGGGAAUAUCUGUCUCUUUAGCUGCUAGAUGCGCCUUUAUGUUCAAAUCUCCAACUGUGUGUGUUGGCUGUUUGGUGCUGAGCAGGUAGCGUAAUAUUGCUUUGUAGAGCUUUUUCUAUGAUAAUGGCUGCCUGCUGCAGGCAAUAACGACACUAUGAGAGCAGUGAGAGUGAUUCAGAACAGUUAAGUUGCGGUCAGACAGUGAAACAAUGGGCUUGAACUCAAUAGAAAGCUCCAUAAAGUUGAGAAGAGCUGUAGAUUUAGGUGAUAAUUCUCUGUAAAUUCAUCACUACGAGCAGCCUCUUUCACAGUCUAAUGGCUUUCACAUGAUUUGAGUUAUCCUGAAAUCAAGUCAGUGUAUUUUCUUUCUCAAAAACAAGAACCCAGAUAUUAGCCGCAGGACAGCACAGCAGUUAAAUGAUUUAUUUAUGCACAGAUGUUUUGGCUCAAGUGUGCGAACUGGAACCUGUGUGAAACCGUGUCAUCUUUUUUUCCUUUUAAAGAUAGUGAUGUGAUCAUGUCACCCUAAGGUCACACCUUUCCUGCUCUUGUACAGGAAAUGUGUCACCUGACCGAAAUGUGUUUAGUGCUGAUUUCAUUCAAGAUUUUCUUUUCUUUUUUUUUCACUGAGACAGUUUUUGUUUAAAUGCAGUUUCAGCUGUUUCUCCAUCCUGAACACUUUUAGAAAUGCUGCCUCAGAGAUCAGUCAUCACUGUGACGUCCACUGUGCUCUGCCGUGGCCAGUCUUUUCUUCACACACGCUCACACUGAUCACCGCUGACAACAGCUACAUGUCACAUCAUUUCAUUGUUAAAGAAGCUACAGUUUGGUUUUAUGGGGAUUAGCUGCAAUGUUGUUCCUUUUUUCUUGUGGUGCUUUGGUUUGGAUUGGUGCUAUUAGUUCACUGUUGUUGUCAAUGUUAUCAUUUUAACAAAUUGUGCUUUUAAUUAUUUAGAAAUCGAGUUGAGCCUUUUGUAAUAUUACCGAUCUCUUUGGGUUUCUUUGUUAAUUUCAGUCAUAAUUUAAGCUUUUAAUUUUCACUCCCUGGCUUGGUUGAAGUGGCCAAUAUUCCUCCAAAAUCCCCAAAUGCAGCUCACUAUGCAAAUUUUAGUAUUAUGUCAGUUGCUGUAACAAUUUCUGAUGGGGCAAUGUACAAAAUAUUGGUAUUUCCGAGCACUCUUAACAGUUGUGGGAUUAUAAAAAUAACCUAUUUUGGCAGCAGUAAACACACAUUUGAUUUUUUUGAACACCUGAACAGCUUUUGGUUUAUCAGAUUGUGUGAAGGGUCUCAGAAAAUUAAAACGUCUGCUCAUUCAUCCACGUGGAGCAUGCAAACAUUAUUUAAUUUAAAGAUUUCAUACAGUUUUAUUUGUAUGCCAUCAGCUAACUCACCCCUGCAGUUUUCAGGACUGAACAGGUUGAAACACAGUUUGUAUCAUUUUCAGUUGCACAUAAAGUUUCAAAAGAUUUUUCUGUUUCAGUGUCUGAAGGCAUUUCUUUUCUGUAUCUGCCUGUGCCUAUAAUAAAGGUUCACACUGAGAAGUGAGCCUGUUUUAUCUGAGUAAAUAAGAGGGACAGUACCGGUAAUUGUUGUUUUGUUUUGUCACAUGCUAAUUAUAACAUGACAUGUACUGUAUGUUGUUCAAUGCUAUAGAAGAUGAAUCCAUUUGUCCCCCAUGUACAUCUUUUUAAAAGGAAAUAUUAAAUUGAUUAAACAUGGCGCCUUGUUGAUUUAAAGAAAUAAGAUUUGGUCGUUUGAACUCUCUGUCCUCAACUUGUGCGUUUGCUAAAAAGGCUCACUUCAGCUUCAAGACAGACUGCGAUCAUCAGUGGUCUAUUUCUAGGUCUGACAGACUUAACGGAAAAGAAGAAGCAACAACUUCUUCCUUUUGUCUGAAUGAGGCUGAGACGUCCAUCAUCGAUUGGAUGAAAAGGGGUCAGUUGAAUGUGUGUGUGUAUGUUCAUUUACUGUAUGUGUGCAUGUAAGUGUGUCUAUAAAGAUAUUAGAUUUAUGCUCUGUUUUACCCUUUGUAUGUACUGUCUUCAUCUCAAGACUAACACUGUUUAACAUGUUUCACAAAAACUUAAACAUGACAAAACACAAAAUCAUUAAAUGAAACACCAAAACUUGCAAAUGUUUCCAAAGUAGCAGCAUAAAAGACC